AUGGAGCGUUACGAUUCUGUGAAAGAGUCGAAAGGAUUCAUCAUCUGCAUGCUAGUGUUAUCGUUCUUUCAGUUUGUAAUAGCUAAAUGUUUUGAAAAAGCAUCGAUUGCUUUCCUCAGCCUGAUGGAGGGUCUGUCGAUGAAAACUACGGCGGAGGAUCAAAUUGCCACCUUCGAUCAACUAUCGACGCACUGGUGGGAACCGACUGGGCCCAUGAUUUUGCUGCAUAGGUUAAAUAAAUUGAGAGUUCCAAUGGUUGUAGAAGGUCUGAUCAAGGCAGGCAAACUCGAUCGAAAGCAACGGUACACCACGGAUGCCUUGAAAGGCGUCACGGUGUUGGAUGUCGGUUGCGGUGGUGGAAUCUAUUCGGAAGGGCUUGCAAAACUGCAUGCGAACGUAGUCGGUAUUGAUCCAGCGCGACACCUGAUCGAGGUUGCCAAAGCUCACGCAGAGAAACAAACGGACAUUAAAGACCGUUGCCAUUACUACGAACAAUCACUCGAGGACCACUGGCAAGGUGCGGUUGGCAAGUAUGAUGUGGUUGUACUGUCCGAAACGAUCGAACAUGUGGUGGACAAGAGCAUGCUCCUGAAGCAUGUCGCUGCCGUACUGAAACCGGGUGGUUCAGUAUUCAUCACCACGUGGAACAAGACACCCUGGUCCUGGCUUCUCGCGGUGGUAGUUCUAGAAAAUAUCAUGAAGAUACUGCCGAAGGGUUCGCAUGAUUACGAUAAGUUUGUUUCGCCUGAAGAAACGGAAGGCAUCCUAGAGGCGUACGGAUGUCGUACAAUUGAAAUGAGACCAUUCUAUCUGAAGUUUUGGGAAAAAGAGUGGAUUUGGGUGCCGUUCUACAGAUUUACGUAUGCGAUACAUGCCGUGAAGGACUAG